CACGUAAAAAAAGUCAAUGUUGGAAUAAUGCACUUAGAGAAGUUGCUAAUUUAAAAGGGAAGGAUGCAAAUGGCAGGUUUGAGGUAGAGUUUAUUGAUGAAGUUGUUAAGGACAUCUUUCGUAGAUUACGUAUAUCUUCAAGGUUUCCACUACCACAACUUAUUGGGAUGGAGGAUUCCAUUAACUUCGUCACUUCAUGGUUGAAAGAUGUAUCCUCAUGUACAACUGAUAUACUCAAUAUCUUGGGUAUGGGUGGGAUCGGGAAGACAUCUUUAUCUAAAUAUGUAUAUGCAUUACAUUCUCAUGAAUUUGACACAAGCAGCUUCAUUGAAGAUAUUAGUAGGAAAUGUGAUGAAAAAUAUAAUGGGGUGCUUGAUGUACAAAAACAACUAUGUGAUGACAUUUCAAAACCAAGUUCUAUUCAAGUUCUUGAUGAUUCUAUAUACACCUCAAUGAUAGAGAAUGUAGUGGCCCGUAAAAAGGUGUUUCUAGUUCUUGAUGAUAUUGGUAGUCUCGAUCAAUUAGAUGCGUUACUUGGAAGUAAAGGUUUUCAUCCUGGAACCAAAAUCAUAAUAACAACAAAAGAUGCAUGGUUGACAAAAAGUUGUUCAUUAUUCAAAACGAACUUUAAACCUAAGUAUGCACAAUACAAGCUUGAAGGCUUAUCUAAGACUGAAUCACAAAAACUAUUGUGUUAUCAUGCAUUUAUGCGCAAUGAUCCUGAGGCAGGUUAUGAAGAGGUCUCAGAAAAACUUGUGAAGUAUUGUGACGGACAUCCAAUGGCUCUUAAAGUUUUGGGUAGAUCUCUACAUAAUCGAGAUGUGACUUAUUGGGAGGGGUGCAUAGAUACACUAAAGAAAGAAAAUGAUUCACCUAUAAAUAAUGUCUUGAAAACGAGCUUUGACUCGUUGUCAUCAAAAAAUGAAAAGGAUUUGUUUAAGCAUAUUGCUUGUAUUUUUGUUGGAAUGGAUAGAAAUUAUACCAUAACAAUAUUAGAGGCAUGUGAUAUGGAAACAACAACUGGGAUCACUAAUCUCAUCGACAAAUGCCUUCUUAGUAUUGGAUGGAAUAAUGAAUUGAUGAUGCAUGAGUUGGUUCAAGAGAUGGGAAGAUUUGUGGUACGUGAGGAAUCAAUUUACAAGCCUUGGAAACGAAGUCGAAUAUGGGGCUAUGAGUCAUUUAAAGUGUUGAAAAAAAAAAGGGUACGGAAAAUGUUCUAGGCCUCACCCUUGACAUGGAAAUGCUUGAGAAAGAGAAGUUACAUGGACCAAUCGAGUUGAAAACAGAUGCAUUGAGUAAGAUGGAUAGAUUAAUGCUUUUACAACUCAAUUAUGUGCAAAUAACCGGCUCUUACAAGAACUUUCCAGAAGAAUUAAGAUGGUUGUGUAUGCAUGGGUUCCCUUUGAAGUCUCUACCUUCAGACUUACCAAUGGAGAAUGUGGUUGCACUUGACAUGUCAUAUAGCAAUAUUGAAUCAUUUGAGAUUUGUUAUCACUAUCCAGAACGACUUCAUAAGAGGCCAAAGCAAUUAAUUGGAUCGUGCUCAAAAGAUAAAUGUUUGCUUGGAUCGUUGAAGAUUCUUAAUUUAAGUUUCUGUGAAGAGCUUCAGAGUCUUCUUGGUUUUGACCACAUCCCUAAACUUGAGAGAUUAAUACUUAAAGGUUGUAUUGGCAUGCUUGAUGUUUGUGAAUCAAUUGAGCAAUGUCUUGAACUUGUUUUCGUUGAUCUAAGCUACUGCAACAAGCUAGGAAAACUUCCAAGCAUCAUAGGCAUGUUGAAGAAGGUUGAAACACUUUUGCUAGAGGGUUGUAAUCUUGGUGAAUCUAGAAUAGAAAUUGUAGGUAUGGAUUCACCAGAAAUAAGCAAGGCUAACAAAAUUGGCAUAUACACAAUAACUUCUUCCUCCACUGUUUUGGAGGCUAUACCAAGUUAUUCAAAGUUAUUUGCGAUUUCUUUACCGAGAUAUUUAGUAAGCCUAUUACUUAAGAAUAAUAAUCUGUCCAUUGAAUCUUUUCCAUUGGACUUCAGUUGCCUAGCCAUGUUAAAGGAAUUAAAUCUAGAUGAAAAUCCUAUUGUUUCCCUACCUAGUUGUGUGAGAAGCCUUCCUAGGCUUCAGACACUUGGUAUGAAAAAUUGUAAUAUGCUUAUGUCAGUCGAGCAUCCUCCACAUACACUCACCCAUUUGAACCUUGAUUCUCAUUCUAAUAAUCCUUUGCUACAAAAAGUUCUAUUUGAUCAAAAAAUGUCCCCACUCCAGUUCUUUCUAGGACGGAUGAUCUUGGCACUUUCAUCGUUUGAAUUUGAAGGUAUGGUCAAAAUCCAACCAAUGGCAGCUAUUGACGAAAAGGUAUUACAUUGUUUGGGCUGGACUAACCUAGACUUCCUUAAUGGAAGCCACACGACAACUUCUGUUGAAUAUAGAGAAUCAGAGGAAUCUGAGAUACAGAUGUAUUAUGAAUUUGGAAUAUUCAGCACAAGUUAUUGGGGUAAAGAGAUGCCGAAUUGGAUAACAGAUAAAAGCAUUGGGCCAUCAAUAUCAUUUACAGUCCCAUUAUCUCCGAAGAAGCUCACAGGAUUAAAUUGCUGCUAUAUGCUGACAAAAUUAGGAGAAGGUAUUGUCGUUGAUUUACCGGUGAUCAAAAUUAGUAAUUUAACAAAGAAUCUCACCUGGAUAUAUAAAAAUUACAUAGGUAGUGUAUUCGAUACCGAUGGAGAGUGUGUGUCAUUGUUAAGUCAUUGGAUGUUUGGGAUGAAUGAGAUGGAAUAUGGUGACCACAUUACUAUUAAUAUCCUGAGGGAGAAACCAGAUGUUUUUUCUUAUAAAUUUAGAAUUGAGUGUGGGGUGAGUUUUGUGUAUGAUGAUGAAGACAUAGAUAAAGAAGAAGAAGAUGUGUUGAGUUAUUACAAGUCAUGGAAUCACAUCAUUGGUGGAGAUCUUUCUGGAUUUCAGUUAACAACCGGAGAAUACAUCCUAAGAAAAGAUCGAAUGUUGCGGUCUUUCAUGGAUAUAGAUUAUUUGUGUGGAGAUGGUGCCCAAUUUAAAGAUGAGAAAGUGGAUUUCAUAGCUCUCUCUCAAAGGAACUCUGGUCAUUUACCUGAGGAUGGGCCCUAAGGACACCAACAAAAAUCACAACGUAGCAUGUGUGUUCCAUCUCCUACAGUUCCCAGUCCUCUUGUAGGCAAAUGAAUUAAUCUAACAAUUAACUUAAGGCUAAAUGCAAGAAAUAGAAACGUACUUUCAAUUAUCUGUGGAGUACAAAAGAACAAUUAUCAGAAUCUAUGGAAAAUGCACCAGAAAGCCAAAGUGCAUCACUAGAUUGUACUGUACAACACAAUAACAAAUUCUUGGAGGACUUUUUGGCUCAUGGUUGCUGUUGUUACUCGAAGUUGCCACUUAGUUAAGUAAUCUUUAUCCAAUAUAACUUAAGAAGACGUUUUCUAGUUGUCAAAAGUUUCACAUUUCAUGACUACAUGGCAUGGCCAAUUUGACGAUAUUUGUGAAAAAUAGCUUGUAGUAAGGGGUCGUUUUCUGAUGUGUCAUUCGAUUCGAAUGGUUGUUUGCUGGGUUACACAUUGUUUGAUUGUUCAUUUAUUGGAAGUGUUUGAUCAUCCAUUUUCCAUUGUAAAUGGUCUUUCUUGGGUUUAUAAAUAAGGUGUGUUGGACAAUCUACUCAACAAAUAAUAUGUUUAUGAUGCUUUAUGUGUAUA